UCUGAGCCGGGAGGGGCCCCAUGGGGCUGCCCUGCCUGUGGGUCCUGGUCCCAAUGCAGAUGCCACCCUGCCCAGUUCAAGGCAGGUCCUGGUGCAACAAAGGACAAUGGGGCAAAUCCCCAACAGGCUGGGCGGCCCCUGGAGAGCGAUUCUCUUGGCAGCCUCUGUCCUGGGCUCCUGCCUCCAGCCGGCGCCAGCCCAGACCCCAGUGACCAUCGUCCUCACCCCGCCGAGCCCCGUGGUGGGAGGGGGCGUCAGUCUGGCCCCGCAGAAUCUGCCACAGGACGUGCUGGUCUGCAGCUGGUACCGAUCAGCGACCACUCAUGAAAGCAGCCGGAUCCUCACCUACUACCCACCUCCUGCCCCUGAUCAGAUCCCUGGCCCAGCCUACACGGGGCGGGAGAUAGCGGGGCCGGGCUGCACCCUGCACAUCGCGGGGUUAACGCUCAGCGACACCGGGAACUACACGGUGCUGAUACAGAGCCGUACUGGUACUAACCCUGUCCGCUCCAUCAGGGUGGUUCUGCGCGUCUCUGAAAUGCUGCCCAGGCCCACGGUGACGCCUGACCAAACCCAGGUGCUGGAGAACGGGACCUUCACCCUCACGUGUAACAGCUCCCCCAGCGCCGACACCGUGCUCUGGCUCCGGGACGGGGCAUCCCUCAUGCCCAGUGAGCGGCUGGGGCUGUCCCCUGAAAACCGGACCCUCAUGGUGCCGAAUGUCACCCGGGGCGACGCCGGCGCCUACCAGUGCGAGGUCGGGAACCCCAUCAGCUCCGUACGCAGUGAGCCCAGCACUGUGAUGGUGGCCUACGCCCCUCGUCCAGCUCUCUCUGCCGGGGCCGUCGCUGGGAUUCUCAUCGGGUCACUGGUGGGGGCAGCACUGGUCGGAGUCGGGGCCUAUUUCCUCUCCUCUCGCUGCCGGAACAAGACCCCCAAGAAGAACGGGGCACCCGUCCUGGUGUACGAGAACCUGCCCCUUACAGCCUGGGUGGGGCCAGUGGCCCAGCCCGGGAGCCCCCCUGAUCCCAGUCCCACAUAUCAGCCGGCGCCGGCCCAGACCCCAGUGACCAUCGUCCUCACCCCGCCGAGCCCCGUGGUGGGAGGGGGCGUCAGCCUGGCCCCGCAGAAUCUGCCACAGGACGUGCUGUCCUGCAGCUGGCACCGAUCAGCGAGCGCUGCUGAAAACAACCAGAUCUUCACCUACGUCCCACAAACACCCCCCGUUCAGCAGAACGGCCCGGCCCACACCGGGCGGGAGACAGCGGGGCCGGGCUGCGCCCUGAACAUCGCGGGGUUAACGCUCAGCGACACCGGGAACUACACGGUGCUGAUACAGAGCCCGACUAAGUGUGUCCUCUCUAUGGUGCAUCUGCCCGUCUAUGAAAUGCUGCCCAGGCCCACGGUGACGCCUGACCAAACCCAGGUGCUGGAGAACGGGACCUUCACCCUCACGUGUAACAGCUCCCCCAGCGCUGACACCGUGCUCUGGCUCUGGGACGGGGCGUCCCUUGCGCCCAGUGAGUGGCUGGGGCUGUCCUCCGACAACCGGACCCUCAAGGUGCUGGGUGUCACCCAGGGUGACGCCGGCGCCUACCAGGGCGAGGUCGGGAACCCCGUCAGCACCGAACGCAGCGAGCCCAGCACCGUGACGCUGGCCUAUGGGCCGGACUCUGCCAGGAUACACUCUCCAGGACCCAUUGGCCUGACCCUCGGGUCCCCUCUGACCCUGACGUGUGUCACCGACUCCGUCCCAGCCCCGAGCUAUCGCUGGGUUCUCAACGAGACCGGGAGCAGCUUGACCUUUAACCCCACGACCUUGGAUCAGCUGGGCACGUACAAGUGCCAGGCUCACAGCCCCGUCACCGGCCUCACGGCUAGUGUGGAGACCGAGGUGCUGGUUGGUAUCAGUCUCUCUGGUCUCCCCCCCGCAGCCUCCGUCCUGGGCUCCUGCCUCCAUCCGGCGCCGGCCCAGACCCCAAUGACCACCGCCCCGCCGAGCCCCGUGGUGGGAAGGAGCGUCAGCCCGACCCCGGCCCAGACCCCAGUGACCACCACCCCGCCGAGCACGGUGCAGAUACGGAGCCCAACUAGCCCUGUCCUCUCCACGGUGGAUCUGCACGUCUCUGAAAUGCUGCCCAAGCUCACGGUGACGCCCGGCCAAAUCCAGGUGCUGGAGAACUGGACCUUCACCCUCACGUGUAAUGGCUCCCCCAGCGCUAACACCGUGCUCUGGCUCUGGGACGGGGUGUCCCUCGCGCCCAGUGAGCGGCUGGUGCUGUCCUCCAACAACCGGACCCUCACGGUCAUGGGUGUCACCAAGGGCGACGCCGGCGCCUACCAGUGCAAGGUUGGGAACCCCGUCAGCACCAACCGCAGCGAGCCCAGCUACGUCACGGUGGCCUAUGGGCCAGACUCUACCAGGAUAGACCCUCCAGGACCCAUCAACCUGACCUUCGGGUCGCUUCUGAACCUGACGUGUGUCGCCGACUCCGUCCCAGCCCCCAGCUAUCGCUGGGUUCUCAAUGGCACCGACACUAAGGAGACCGGGAGCAGCUUGACCUUUAAUCUCACGACCUGGGCUCAGCAGGGCACGUACGAGUGCCGGGCUCACAACCCCGUCACCGGCCGCACUGCCUGGGCGUCUGUCGCCAUGCGGGUGACAGGGACGGACGCCCCUCGUCCAGCUCUCUCUGCUGGGGCUGUUGCUGGGAUCGUCAUCGGGUCACUGGCGGGGGCGGCGCUGGUCGGAGUCACGGUCUAUUUCCUCUACUCUCGCUGCCGGAACGAGACCCCCAGGGAGAACGGGGCACCCGUCCCAGUGUAUGUGAACCAGUCCACUACAGCCUGGACGGGGCCAGUGGCCCAGCCCGGGAACCCCCCUGACCCCAGCCCCACUUACGAGCCGCUGGAGCCCCGAGAGCCGGACAUGUAUGAGGAGCUGAAGAAGUGACGCCCCCUCCUGCCCCUGGUGCAUGCUGGAAGUGGCCCAGUGCAUGCUGGGAAAGGCGUGUCUCUGAGCCUGGGUCCCGCCGCCACGUUAAAGGGCAGGAAUGGUCACUGCCCAGCCUGGGGGGGUCCGUCUGUCUAUGCUUCUUCCCUGGGGCCCAUCACCGCAGCGUUUGGGCUUCAGUCUCACCUCACUGGCUAACCACAAGUCACACAAGCAAUUCCCUUAGAUGCUCCAGUUUCCCAGUAUCACCACCAGUGCCACUCGUUAUGGGGACAAAUGGUUAUGAAAACCAAUAUCCCAGUAAAAGA